GUGAUGUAUAGCGCCAAAAUCUCGCUCUAAAGCGCUUCACUAGUGCACACGUCUCGGUCACAAUUUCGGACAAACGACAAGCUCAUUCUUCGGGAAUACGGCCCAUAGGACAGGCUACGGAGUUUGCAAGGACUACCGGAGUUGAAGACCUCUGCGGGCGUUGCCGCAAUCCUUGAUUUCGGAGAAUCCGCAUACGUCGAGAGUUGCAGCCGCUUCUGCAGCGCGAAAGGUACCUUGAGCGACGGCUCUAUUCAUAUGUACGUCGGGCAUGGCACAUCUUCAGACGUUCAAGCCCAUAUCGCACUAGUCGUCCUAUCAUGCCCGAGGUCUCACCGAAUACAUGGAUACCAGUCCCCUCUAUUCCGCCUCGGCUCAGGCUUCUCCCUUCAUUGAGACGUACACGAGCGUCGACUUUGAGGAGGCCCCAGACGUUUCCCGGCGUCCCGCUGCGAUACCAUUAACCGCAACGCUAUUUGUCGUGUCAUUCGACUGCCUCCCGCUCCUCGACACUCCUCGAGUCCCUGAUCGCGUUCGCGAGGACGCUUCCGAUCUCCGGGGCAUCUCGCCAAAUUGAUGCCUGCGCCUGCAAACAAUGCACCGUGUCCCCAAGGAUAGUCACGUUCGGGGCAUGCGUCCUCUUAUGGUCUCAAUGCAGGUGUGUGUAGAUCGCAUUGUCAUCGCAUAAAUUAGGGCGAAACCCUUGAACUUCUCGAGCAAGACCUUGCGCGCCUCGGGUCGGCGGGAUCAUGGAACUAGUGGUAUGCAUGUAUCCGGCCGUCGCUAUGGCGGCGAGUAUAUUGGCCUCCUACGGCUCUCGUGCUGCUGUCGCCGAUCAUGCUGACGACGUCCUGCAGAUACGACCUCUUCGUAUCCUCUAGGGCGAUGGAGAUCCCGGCGCCGAUACCCCGCGGUAUACUGGUAUGGCAGGAGAGACGAGCGGACGAUUACAGGACCUGACGCCAUCCGCUCUGACGAGGAUCUCGACAACGGCGGUGUGACUGUUCAUGAAUGUCAUUGCCGAGGUCUUGCGCGGAUGCGAGAGCGUGGCCUCACUUGAUGCGCGAUGGUGUUUAGCAGGAUCCUCCGCAGCACGGAGCGAUCGAUGUCGGGGCGGACAGACGUCUAUUGGAUUUCCGGGUCGAGAGAUGUACGCGAAGAUACUUCGCCUCCGAACCCCAGGCCAAGCACAAUCCCAAGGUAGGAUAGAGGUCUGGGUUCGUCUCACGUUCGUAGAUGAUGCAUGGUAUUGCCUCAAUGUCUUUAGAAGAACGUGAGCAUACCCGGUGGCCGCCCGGUCCUCCGCCGAUGAUUGCGAUGUGAUGACAGGCAGUCGUAGCUGUUCAUGCUUGAAACAGUUCACACUUCUAGAACUCGACUCUGUUUCGAUUUAAC